GGCGGGCGGUUAAACAUUUCGCUUUUGAAGUCUCCUGGAGUGCUGCAGCCCCCACCUGCGCAGGAUGGACCCUGUUGUUCUCAGUUACAUGGACAGUUUGCUCAGGAGGUCGGACGUUGCCUUGCUGGAGCCCCCAAACUGGCUUAACGAUCACAUCAUCGGGUUUGCCUUCGAGUACUUUGCCAACCACCAGUUCCAAGAGUUUAGCGAUCAGGUUUGUUUUAUCAGCCCCGAGGUGGCUCAGUUCAUUAAGUGUGCCCUUAGUCAGGAAGAAAUAGCCAUAUUCCUUCAGCCGCUGGACCUUCUCCAGAAGAAGCUGGUGUUCCUGCCUAUCAACGAUAACUCCAACCAGGUGGCUGGGGGCACCCACUGGAGCUUACUGGUUUAUUUCAGGGACAGAAAGUGCUUCUCCCAUUACGAUUCCCACAGUAAAUGCAACUCCGUCCACGCCAAGCAAGUGGCAGGGAAGCUGGAGGCCUUCUUGGGCAAGAGAGGGGGCAAAGCAACCUUCGUGGAGGAGAAGGCUCCAGCCCAGCAGAACAGCUACGACUGCGGGAUGUACGUGAUCUGCAACGCCGAGGCUCUGUGUCAGGGAUACUUCAGGGACCGGCCGGAGCCUUUGCUGCAGCUCCUCACCCCUUCCUACAUCACCCAGAAGAGAGCGGAGUGGAAAGCCCUCAUCACGAAACUGGCACAGAAGUGAUGGAGGUGCAGCUCCCCCCCCCCAAAAAACACUGCCUUCCCCGCCCGCGAGGCAGCACCCCCAGUGCCUGAGGGAGAUGCCCAUGCGCAGGAUUGUCCCAAAGAAGAAGAAUGUAACCCCUCCAAGCAUGGCUACACCCCCCCCACACACCCCAAACCUCCUGCUCCCUCCUUGGAAAAGCCUUAGUCCCUUCUGGAAGUCACUGGCCUUUGAACUCCUAAUGAGAAAAGUCACUUUGCUUUCAAAGAAAUCCUCCUCUCUGCGGUGAAUUUUUACACUAAUUGCUGUGGCAAAAUGGGCUGCUAAAGAGACUUCUCCACCUUUGCCCAGCAGGCAACACGCCCUCCUUAGGUGGCUUUAAUUGGCCACAGCUAUUGCUGUUCCAAGCCAGGUUUAGCAAAUGCCCUUUAAAACUGAGCCCCCAAACGCUUUUAUCGUGGCUAUUUCUAAUUUUUGCCUCCCGCCAGCAGCGUUUGAGCAGCCUGGGAUUUAGCAGCAAGGAUUUAUUUUUUUUACCCCUGAAAAACGUGAUGCUCAGGUGUUGAUGUCAAAAGAUGAGACUCCAAAGGAAAUGCUACAAUUAAUUAAAGAAUGGGGCAAAAAGAAAAUCAGUUUUAUUCAGAUAGGUGCUCCUAGGCUGAAGGGUGAUAGCUUUUUUUUUUGCCCCCCUCCCCCCCGCUUGCUCUUAUUACAAAUUAAAACCCGGCUCUCAACUGCUGUAAGAUUAAUAGGAAGCCGAGGAACCCAGUCCUAGGAAAGGAAACUUAAUUGAGAUGAAAAGUGACACUCACUCUUUGAAGGUGGUUUGGUUUGGUUUUUUUUUUCCAUAUGAUUUUAGGUCGUCUCCAUUCGGGGAGGGUUCGUCAGCGCUCCCCGAGCCCUCGUUAGCGUUCGCUGCGCUCAGAGCCUACGAGGCCGUCGCUGCUUCCUCUAGCACAAAACCAGUUUUGUUACUCGAGAUAAAAAAAAACACACCAGGGAGAACAAAAGGAGAGAGUUUGAGGUAGAGAAGCCAAAGAUAAGCGCGGUCUCCUUGAAGCCUGAGAAUUCCUUGAUACGCUCCUAAUGGAAAGGCAGGGCAAUGGCUGGGAUCUCGGAGCGGAUCCUCUGGUGAGAAGACAGGCUUAGCAGCAGGGAGAAUAAAAAUUAAAACGAGAGGCAGUGGCAGGAUAAUCUCUGAGCUGGUGAGUGGCGAAGCGCAGGCUGCUCGGGCGGCGUCUGGCAGAGCAACCCCACCCCGGGGAGCAGGGAAAUCCAGGUUAAAUACAGCCCUCGGCGAAGGGGGAGGGAGGAUUUUUUUGAACCCAGAGCUCUUCACCCAUCCCCUUGCCACCCCAGUCCCACCAGUACGUUCACCAGCACAGCACCGGGGGUGAUGAACAGCCGGGUGGUGUAGGAAGGUCUUGAACUGUAGGAAGGUCUGAAACUUCCCUCGUUGCUGAAGGUAAGUAGCCCCAGCCCAGGCUCUCCCAAAACACCCACAGACAGUGAAGGGGCAAAACGAGGAUCGGGGUCCUUCCCAGGUUGCCCAGAUGCAGCCAUGGGGCCAGAGCAUCCCCCUGAGCACCAACCCCCCCCCAAAAAAAACCCUUUCCACCGCUUGGAUGGAGCCAAAACGCCUUGGAACCGCUUGCUGAAGGGGAUUCAUUCGCGUGGGGCUUCACCAGAGCAACGUCACUGCCGCCGGGGGAGCUGCCUUUCUCCCCAGCCCCGAAUAAAACUCAACCAGACCCUG